AUGUCUUAUAUUGCCGGAGCCAUCACUAAUGUUCUGGGCCUAGACAACCCUACUGCCGCCUCAGCCUUGGGCUGCAAUGAAAUCCUGGAUACAAGCUUCGGUGAAUUUUCACUGCCUCCCAUGAAGGCAUUGUUGCAAAGUGAAAAAGAAUUAUGCACAGUAUCAACAGAAGACCUGAAGGAGGAGCAAGACAAUUACAAUGAGGUCACUUUUCUGUGUUUUGCUGAUGACACAGCUAUUGCUCCUAAGGAAUUGGCAACCGUGUCUGUUGAGCUCCCAGAUCUUCUGAAAUCACUCCAUUUGUACACUUUACAUGAAAAUGAAGUCAUUUUCCUAAAUGAUAUUCAUAAACCAUUGGAGGCUACUGGUGUUCUUAAACAAAAGGUGUAUUGUAUGUUAACUGUUCCUUUCCCCCCUGUUGACAUAGGCCAAGUUACACCUGAGAAACAUCAAGAUGCCACUUCACAGACCAUCUCUGCUCAAUGUGUUGAAUUUAUUGAUCCAAAGUUUAAUUCUCUACAUCAGAAGCCAUCUGUCAAGUCAUCAGCUUCUCUAGUUAACAUCUUGGAAUUUAAAGAGUUAUCUUCUGUAAAAAAAUCUGUCACAACUUCUAUUUCUGAGCCUUGGAUGCAGAGGAGUUUCUGCAGGCCACAUAAUUCCUCUGAUCAAAAUGUUAAUAUUUUACAUAAAACAUUGUUUUGUUCCUCUCCUGCUGAAUCAUCAGAGUCAGAUUGCUCUAGCCCAAGCCCUGUUAUUUUUUUAGAUGAAGAAGGGUAUCAGAGAAGCCUGAAGGCAAAACUUCAGCUACCAAAAAUCCCACUAAUGAAAGAUGGCAUAGAAGAUUCAGACUCUGAAGUAAGUGAAUUUUUUGAUAGUUUUGACCAAUUUGAUGAACAAGAACAAACUUUGGAAAGUGAUUCUAAACAUGUUAGGGAUCCUGUCCUUCAUCAUCCAUCCCAAACAAAAAUGAUUUCAUAUAAAAAAGCAUGCUCUGCAACAGCUGUAAUGAAUCCUCAAAAAUUCAAGUUUGAUCGUCCCACUCUUCCAGCCAAUGUGAGGAAACCAACUCCUCGCAAACCAGAGUCUCCAUAUAGCAACCUCUUGGGUGUUCCAGAUUCCCCCCGCCCAGUGAAAACAUCAGGAGGUGACACUGGAGGCUUGUUCAGCCCUAUCAGCUCAUCAGCCUUCAGUCCACUAGGCAGCUGUUUUUCAACAGAGUGCCCUUGUCGAAUGGGUAUCAACAGAGAUGCCAUAAACCAAAAUCACAAACUUGUUUGUCACACAUACUCAUAUUGUGCAAAUAAUGUUUCCUUUGAAAUUUUAGGUUCUAUCUUUAAUUCUAGAUCUUCGUCAUUAUGUAAAUGCACACAGGAAGUUUCUAAUAGUAACAGGAUUGUUUCAAAAGGAGAAAAAGUUCAUUCUGCAAAAGCCCGAGGAGAAACCUCUGCAAAAGAACUAGAUAAGAAAGGUAAAUCUAAAUGCAUUUCACUAAUGUUUAAAGACCACAUCCAGAAAUAUGCAUCAGAGCUCGUUGAGAAGAGCUUUGGCACUGCUUUUAAAGAUCUUCAGAAAGGUGUUUCUUCGUGUACUAAUGCACUCUGUCACUUGGCUUCAAAACUGACUUCUUCAGUCUUUCAAAUGGCUUUUUAUGAGAUUGGGAGGCAGCAAGCCUUUUCAAUAAAGAAGAAAGCUAUUAAUGGACUAGCAGGCCUUUUGGUGAGUGAAGCAGUAACAGGUGCUUUGAAAGAGCUACAUUCUGUAAAGCAACAAAUAUUUACCAACACAGUUGCAAAAUUUGCAGCAAACCUUGCCGAGGAGCUCAUUUUUGAGGGGAUCAUGGAAGUAUGUCAGUUUACACACCCAUCAACUCCAACAGCUUUUCAGAACUGGUCCUUCCAUUAUAAUGAUAAAAUUAUACAGUCCUAUGCCAAAGACUUGUCUGAGUCGGUUAUUCAGGAAGCUUUUAUUGAGUUAUCACAGGUUGAUGUGGCAUUUACAACACAAGCAGCAAUAAGUAUUUCCAUGGACAACAUAAAUUAUGUAAGUGCAGAAAGUAUGUUGGAGUCAACAAAAACCUGCAAUGCUCCCUCUGAGUUUCAUAAUCAAGUGCCAGUAAGAUUGAAUUCACUACAGGAAUUCAGAAAAGACUAUACUAUCCAUAAAGCUUUGUUCUAUACUUCUGGCAUUGCGAGUUCAAUUCCAGUGCCCUUAACUGGAAGCAUACUUUGUCAAAAUCAGAUUUUAUUUAAUGGCAUACAGGAAAGGAACCAUUCAACAUCAGAUUGCAGGCUGAAAUUUUAUAAAAAUUCAAUAGAGCAUUGUUAUGCAAUGAAAAAGAGACAAGGUGAAGUGGCAUCAGUUAGAAAUGUUUACCUGACAACAGAUAAAAGUCUGAACGGUGAAUAUAAUGCACACAUUUUAGGUACAGAAAGGGACUUUAAGCAAGCAAAUACUCCUGAAGUCAGUAAAUUUUCAGACUUAACAACUGGGAUGCCAAGCAUCAGCAAUUUUUCUGGAACAAUGGUAGAUAUGAUUGUAACUGAGGCAUAUGAAGCAGUAACUUCUUCCAAGACUUCUAAAUCUGCAGGGCAAUACACAGAUAUGUUAAAAAUUGAGAAAAUGCCGUAUUUGCCAUGCAUUGGUGAAGAUACCUGUAAGAAUAUGUUUGCAAAUUAUUUGGCCAGGCGAAUAGUGAACCAGUCUGUAGAUGAAACUAAAUCUGCAUGUUCCUCUACAAGUGAGAAAUUAGCAUAUUGUGUGGGAUUGGGAACCAAUAAAACAAGCCAUAAGAAAGAAUUGCACAGUGCAAUAAAACAAUCUGAAACCAACAAAAGUAAUCCAGUAAUUGUAGGGCAGCAGCAGAUGCCCCUCAACAGCUCAUCUAAAUUUCAUGUGACACCAGUUUACUCUAAUAGGUGUCUGCUUUCAGGGUCUAAAGAUGGUGUUCAUGAAAAAAAGAGACAUGUGGGUUGUAGGACUUCUGCAUGCACAUUCUCUCCUUGUUCUGUAGUGACUUUUGUAAACCGUAUUGAAGAGUUUCCAGAUCCAGAAAGUGGUUCAGCAAAAUCCGGAAGCAAUCCGUUGGCAAAGCACAACACAUACAAAGCAGCAGGAUGUUCUACACUUUGCCCUACAUUUGAUCAUAAAAGAACUCCUAUUGGCAUUAAUACCUGUACUUCUGUGGCAUCUAGCUGUGAAGAUGCAUUUCAAAUGGAAGGGAAAUUGAGUACCAGAGAUGGAAAUAUUUGCAUAGUACCAGACACGCCACCACCAACCCCUUUAAUAGUCUCCCAAGCUAGUUCAGAGUGGAAUUUAAGAAAAUUAACAAAGAAACUUAAAGGUGAACUAGCAAAGGAGUUUGCACCUGCUACACCUCCUUCUACACCUUACCGAUCAGAAGCAGGUGAACUAUAUGAAAAUGGAUGUCACUACUUAGAAAAGGAAGAGUUUAUGUUGAGACUAAUGCGGUCUCUCUCUGAGGAAGUUGAAAGCAAUGAAGAUGAAGAGUGUCCUGAAGCAUUGGCAGAGAGAAUUAAAACAUCGGUAAGAACAACAGAAUAUGCAGAUCAUCUAGCCACUCACAUUAUUGCUAUUGCUACAGAAAUGGCUGCUUCACAUUUAGAUGAUAAAGCCAUUAAAAUGGAGAAUAAUAAAUUCUUUCAAGUAAGUGUGGAAAACAAAAGAUGUGGGUAUACUGCAUUUAUGAAUGUUCCAGAAACAAACAAACAUUCAUUGUUGGUUUAUGCUGGUGAUAUGGCUGGCAAGGUCAUUAGUGAAGCUAAGAAGAUGGUUGAAUCAAGACAUUGCAAGCUUCUGAGGCUGAAACAACUAAAUUACCAGGCAGAUGGUUUUCAUCUUAAAAGAAACUAUCAUGAAUGUUCCUCAAGAGGUAAGAGGCAGCCCUUGGUAGACAAGUGGUCUAGAGAGACGGACUCUUUUAUACUUUCUUUACCUCAGAAUUCAGAAGCUCCAGGCCUGACUUCCAAAUAUCCAAGUUGUGAGAGUGUAACUGAUGAAUAUGCAGAUCACAUCAUUCGGAUUCUGGAUAAAGAAGGUGGUCACAAUGAACUAAUAAUGGAUCAAUAUGCCAAUAGACUUGCUUAUAGAUCUAUAAAAUCUGGUAUGCAACAAGCUUCUAGGAAACUCAAGAUGAAGUAUAAUAGAAAAGUAGCUCCUGCCCAGAGCUCAAAGUUAAACAGUAAGGUUGACCUCUUUGAGAUUGUAAACAAGAGUGUGGAUUAUAACAUCGGAUGUCAGAAGAACAUUCAUGUCCGGAGCUUCCUUGCCAAAAUCCUUAACUGA